AUGCGCAAUACCAUCAACAUUGACGAGUGGACACCUCGAGAUGUUGUAUCCAUGGAGGAAUGGUGCACAUCUUGUGGAGUUCAAAAGGAAGAAGCCCUUCAGCUGACAUUUAGCGACCCCAAUGACGCCAGAGAUAUUCAGGUCAUGACCAACCAAGAUCUUCCAGCCGGGCAGACAGUGAUGUUUGUACCCAGUUCCAUGGUUCUAAGAGGAAACUACGUUCGACAAGAACUGGGUGCUGCGACGGCAUCAGAAGAACUUUUGGCUCGGCGACUGGGACAAACGUCCGAAACGAUCUCGCAAUUCUAUCUCUUUCUCAAAAUUCUAAGAGAAUACGAAUUUGGAGAUCAAUCACCUUGGUUUCCUUGGUUGAAUUCCUUGCCACGAUACUUUUCCAAUGGGGCGUCCAUGACUCAUUUCUGCUGUACCCAAUGUCUUCCUCCCUUGGUGGGAAGCCUUGCCAAUCAGGAACGAAUCCGGUUCAUUCAGUUUUUUAGGGCUCUGCAAGAUGUGCAGUUCUUGACCACCGAAACCAGAAGCAAUCGACCACUGGCCAAAUGGGCCUUUGCCAUUGUUUCCACGAGAAGUUUUCCAUCCCAAGAUGGCACAGAUUACAACAUUGUUCCCAUGGCGGAUAUGUUCAAUCAUGGAACAAACACUGAAAUUCAAAUCAGCUAUGACGAAGAAGGCAACUGCUAUGCUGUCACAAACUAUGAUGUACCGGCUGGGUCACCCCUCAGAAUGUCAUAUGGGGACCCCACCAACCCGUCCAAAUUGUUUGCUCGCUAUGGUUUUCUGGAUGAAACUGCCCCUGCCACAUUUUGCAAAAUCAUGAUUACAAAUCCAUCGCAAGAGAUUAAGGACAUGGGGUAUGAUCAGUCCAGAAUGCUGUUCUACAAAGAUACUGGAGAAGUGUCGCCGGAGGUGUGGGAUGUCUUGCUGUAUCAAGUGUUGGAAUCUAACCCGUCGGAUCAACAAGUCUUGUACCAGGCUCAUAUGAAUGGGGACUUUGAGACCAAACAAGCCCUACAUGGACAAUAUUUCCUGCAAACCAAGGUAGCGCUGCAGAAUCAUGUCGAUAGCUUCUUGAAUUCGUUGCAGACAUUAUCCAAAAAGGCAGAGGGGAGAAAUUUGGAAAUUCAUCCCAGACUUCCCUUGAUUAUGAGGCACAAUGAGUUUGUCAGGAACACGUUCCUGUUAGUGAAGGCUAAUCUUGAUCAAAUGUAG